AAACUCUGGAUGAAACUUUAACAACAAAUUACGUAUUCCCUUAUAACAACAAUCAAAUUAUCAUUUCAACAAAACCCAGAAAAAUGAUAUCUCUAAAGAACACAACGGAAGCAAAACGACGAGCAGAGACGGCACUUAAAAUAACAUUUAUAUUGUUAAUGAUUAGUCUAGUAUCAUUAUUCAAAUACCCAAAAAUUCAGAAAAUAGUCUAUCAAAAAGACCCACUAGUCAACAUAAAAAUAGAUGAUAGAUCUAAUACUG